UGGUCACCAUCGUACUCAGACUGGUUCCGAAACCAGCCGCCUAGACACCAUUUUUUUUCUUUUUUAAUUUUACGUUGUUGGGUUUUUUUUUUUUUCGUUUUCCCUCAGUGGCCCAUGCAAGGGUGCAACACCAUCUUCAAUCAGUUUUUUAGUAUCAGACAAUCAUCACUGACUGGCUGCUGUCUGGAGUUCAAAUGUUGGGAGACAAAGCUCAAGGUGUGACUUUGAAGGUUAUGGAAUACACAUAUGACGAUGACCUGGAAGAGCUGUGUCCUGUCUGCGGAGACAAGGUGUCCGGAUACCACUACGGUCUUCUCACCUGCGAGAGCUGCAAGGGCUUCUUCAAGAGGACAGUUCAGAAUAACAAGAGGUACACAUGUGCGGAGAACCAGGAGUGUAAAAUAGACAAGACCCAGAGGAAGAGAUGUCCCUUCUGUCGCUUCCAGAAAUGCCUCAGCGUAGGGAUGCGACUAGAAGCGGUGCGUGCGGAUCGCAUGCGUGGGGGCAGGAACAAGUUUGGCCCCAUGUACAAGCGAGAUAGGGCCUUGAAGCAGCAGAAGAAAGCCUUGAUACGAUCCAACGGCUUCAAGCUGGAGACCGCGGUUCCUCCGCCGGCCUCGCCUCUUCAGAACGACUACAGCUUCACCAGUUCACUGCACAGCCCACCCACCAUCUCCAAAAGCCUGCUGCCCUCCACCCCGACCUCUAUCACCCCCACAGACUACGAGGGCAGCCUCUACGGGCCCCCGUCUCUGGGAAUGGCCAUGCAGUCCCACGUACCCCUCACUACCCAGUACCAGUACAUGGCCUUCCCUGGCAGGGCCAUCAAGGCCGAGUGCCCUGAUUACACCAGCUCCCCGGAGUCGCUGACAGGAUACGCCUACCCCGACAUGUACCCGUCAGGCUCACCUCAGCCACCGAGCCUGCCUCCUCUGGUGCUGGAGCUUCUGCGCUGUGACCCGGACGAGCUGGUGGUGCAGAGCAAGAUCGUGGCCCACCUGCAGCAGGAGCAGAGCGGCCGAGGCCGGCUGGACAAGCCCAGCACCUUCAGCCUCAUGUGUCGCAUGGCAGACCAGACGCUCUUUUCCAUAGUGGAGUGGGCCCGGAGCUGCAUCUUCUUCAAGGAGCUGAGGGUGGGAGACCAAAUGAAGCUCCUUCAUAACUGCUGGUCUGAGCUGCUGGUCCUGGAUCACAUUUUCCGACAAGUGCAGCACGGCAAAGAAGACAGCAUCCUGCUGGUGACUGGCCAGGAGGUUGAGCUGUCGACCAUCCUGUCCCAAGCCGAGGCCACUCUGACUGGCCUGGUCCAGAGAGGUCAGGAGCUGGCGGCGAGGCUGCAGGCGUUGCAGGUCGACCGCAGAGAGAUCGCCUGCUUUAAAUUCCUCCUCCUCUUCAACCCCAAUGUGAAGCUGCUGGAGAACCAGGCUUUCGUGGAGGGCGUCCAGGAGCAGGUGAACGGGGCUCUGCUGGAGUACACCCUGUCCACUUACCCCCAGUUCCAGGAGAAGUUUGGCCAGCUGGUGGUGCGGCUGCCGGAGCUGCGGUCCCUCAGCACCCAGGCCGAGGACUACCUGUGCUACAUGCACCUGAGCGGCGAGGUGCCCUGCAACAACCUGCUGAUCGAGAUGCUGCACGCCAAGCGGGCGUUAGUGUGAGGACGCUUCACUGUCAAUGUGGCUGUUUGAUGUAAGUGUGUACGUGUGCAUGUGAGUGAGAAAGUGGGUGCGAGUGUGUGAGAUGAAAAAAAAAAAAAACACUAAAAAACAAAAAUAGU